AUGGCUUCCAUCACACUUACCGGCUCCAAAGGCCGUCAAAUCGAAGUCCCAACCACCCUCUUCAUCAACAACGAAUUCACCCCCGCGGCCAACAAUGCCACUCUGGCCGUCGAGAAUCCCACCACCGGUGAGACCCUCGCAGACGUCUCCGCAGCCAGCCCGGAGGACAUCGACCGCGCAGUGAAGGCAGCGACGGCCGCCUUCCCCGCAUGGAAAGCCACCCCGGGGCCCGAGCGCGCCGCGCUGCUCCACAAACUGGCGAGUCUGAUCGAGCGGGACGCAGAGGAAUUCGCAUCCAUCGAGGCGCUUGAAGGCGGCAUUCUGUACACGGACAGUUUGGGCCUGAAUGUACCGCAGGCCGUGUCGACCAUCCGGUACUACGCAGGGUGGGCAGACAAGAUUGACGGCAAGACGCUGCACAUCCCGGGAGGCGUGGCCUAUACCUUCCGCGAGCCCUUGGGGGUCUGUGCGGCCAUCGUACCUUGGAAUGGACCACUAAUGAUAACAGCCUGGAAACUCGCCCCCGCUCUCGCCACCGGCAACACCCUCAUCAUCAAACCCUCCGAACUGACCCCGCUCAACGCCCUCAAACUGGCCCAACUGAUCCGCGAAGCCGGAUUCCCCGCGGGGGUGGUCAACAUCGUGCCGGGCGACGGCCCCUCCGCGGGUGCCGCGCUCUCCCACCACCCGCACAUCCGCAAACUUUCCUUCACGGGGUCCACCGCCGCGGGGCGCGCCAUCCUCCGCGCCUCGGCCGCCAGCAACCUCAAGCAAGUGUCGCUGGAACUCGGCGGCAAGGGCCCGAGUCUCGUCUUCGCGGACUGCGACCUGGCCAACGCCCUCCUCUGGACGCGCAUCGGCAUCACCGCCAACAACGGGCAGAUCUGCGCCGCCGGGUCGCGCAUCUACGUCCAGCGGCCCAUCUACGAGCAGUUCCUGGAAGCCUACGCGCAGGCCGCGGCGGAGAACCCGCCCGUGACCGGGAACCCGCUGGAGGAGACGACCACCAAGGGUCCCGUCGCUAGCAAGGCGCAGUUCGAGAAGAUCCUCGGGUACAUCGCCGAGGGGAAGAGCUCGGGUCGGCGGUUGUUGUUCGGCGGGGAGCCAGUCGGCGAGAAGGGGUAUUUCGUGCAGAACACGGCGUUCGCGGAUGUGGGGCAGUCGGAUAAGAUCAUGCAGGAGGAGAUCUUUGGGCCGGUUGCGAGUAUCGCCCCCUUCGACACGGAGGAAGACGCUAUCCGCCUGGCCAACGAUUCGCUGCACGGGCUGAGUGCGGCGGUGUUCACCAACGACAUCAACUGCGCGCAUCGGGUCACUUCCGCCCUCGAGACGGGCCAGGUCACGGUCAAUGCGUGGUCGCUGCUGAGCGCCAACGCCCCGUUCGGUGGCGUCAAGGAGAGUGGUUUCGGUCGGGAUAUGGGCGAGGAGGCCUUGGACUGUUGGACGACCGUCAAGUCGGUCAAGUAUAGUAUUGCGCCGCGGUUGUAG